AUGUGGCGGAGAUAUUUUCACAUCCAUUUCCGAACCGAGGAUGUGGACUCGGUGAAGGCAAUCUGCCAGCGCCUUCUCUACUUCGUCGUCUUCUACUCCGUCCUUGGUCUCUUCUUUGUCGGCUACCUUAAUUGGUACAUGUACUUCCAAGUGCCCCGAGAUCACCCAGCCCUGACCGGCAUGCAGUCGGCGCUUCAGAUGAACCCGGGUCUCAGUUACGUGCCCAAUCCCGACUUGUUCUCCAGUCUGCUCCACUUCCCAACUCCCGAACCUCUGCCCUCCAACGAGAAGUCCGACGAAAUGGCCGCCUUCCUACACGCCUACCAGGACAACACGGGUUCCACGGAAUACGAGGACUGUGUUCAGGAGGGCGGGUACAAGCAGAACCCCGAAAGACCCUGCACCUACGACCUGAACGCCGGAGGACCUUGCAACAUCAUGACUGGGUGCGGGAGUUUUCUGUUGCUCGCGUGCGUCGAUUUAGGAAAACGAGUAUUGUCGAGAUUGGAGCACUCGCUGUCGAACUCUGGGUUCAUCCAUCGACUCGUAUUCAAGUGGAGAUUAUGGACAUGGUGUGCGAAGCCUUGCUUAUCACUGCGAGAGUCUCACCAGCAUUCAAUUAGUCGUACCCCUGAAUGCAUUGCACCUGCUGGGGGAGUUCGAGGUUAA